AUGCUUGGUCGGCGUGUUAUGGAGGUGUACCCGAGAGAUGCAGCAGCAGCAGCAGCUGCUGCAGCAGCAGCAGCAGCAGCUGUUGCUGCUGUUGCAGCAGAGCGACACACAACACAAACCAAAAGCCGCAACUGCAGCAGCAGUAACAGCAACAACUGCGAUAACAGCAGCAGCAGCAGCAGCAGCAGCAGCAGCAGCAGCAGCUGCAGCAACGAUGACGGUGGAAGCCAUAGCAAUGGGAGCAAUGAAAGUGCUGCUGCUGCAGCAACAGCAGCAGCAACAGCAGCAGCAGCAGCAGCAGCAGCAGAUGGGGGUAACAAGAGGAGUUGUGUUCUGCUGCGAAAGCUCUGGGACUCGAUGAGGGCUGCUGUGCCCUUGGCUUUGAUGCUUUCUCUCUUCUACUAUUGCUACGGCAUGUCGGGGCCGCUGCCGCAGGUGCUGCUGCUGGUUGGUUUGUUCUUUAGCUGCAUUCCUAUAGCCAAUGCAGUUGCUGCUGUUGUGAGGCUGAGAGAAGAGAAGCUAACGAUCAUCGGUGACUUUGGGGUACAGUGGAACUACCGGCGGCUGUUUUCUGCUUCUUCGCGGUUUCUCCCAAUCAGCCAAAUCCGAGAUGUCUUCAUCAGCGAGGAGGUGCAUGUUUACCGCAUUGCCUAUCACGUGGUUCUUGUUGUUGGGGAGAAACAAGAAAUCCUCGUUCCCUUUCAGGACGGGGUGGAGGGAACACCAAGGGCGAAACACUACGGGUUUAUUUAG